AUGGGGCUCGUCUCAGCCCCUCCCUGCACACAGCGUAUCACCUGGAAGGGGCUCCUGCUCACAGCAUCGCUUUUAAACUUCUGGAACCCACCUACCACUGCCCAAGUCAUGAUUGAAGCCCAGCCACCCAAAGUUUCUGAGGGGAAGGAUGUUCUUCUACUUGUCCACAAUUUGCCCCAUAAUCUUGCCAGCUAUAGCUGGCACAAAGGGCGAAUGAUGGACCUCCAGCAUUACAUUACAUCAUAUGUAGUAGCCAGUCAAAUAAUUUUAUCUGGGCCUGCAUACAGUGGACGAGAAACACUAUAUUCCAAUGCAUCCCUGCUGAUCCAGAAUGUCACCCGGGAGGACGCAGGAUCCUACACCUUAAACAUCAGACAGCGAGGUGAUGGGAUUAGAGGAGCAUCUGCACAUUUCACCUACACCUUAUACCUGGACACUCCCAAGCCCUCCAUCUCCAGCAGCAACUUAAACCCCAGGGAGGACAUGGAUAUGGUGAUCUUAACCUGUGAUCCUGAGACUCCAGAUGCAAGCUACCUGUGGUGGAUGAAUGGUCAGAGCCUCCCUGUGACGCACAGGUUGCAGCUGUCCAAAACCAACAGGACCCUCUUUCUAUUUGGUGUCACAAAGGAUAUUACAGGACCCUAUGAAUGUGAAAUACAAAACCCAGUGAGUGCCAGCCGCAGUGACCCAGUCACUCUGAAUCUCCUCCCGAAGCUGCCCAAGCCCUACAUCACCAUCAACAACUUAUACCCCAGGGAGAAUAAGGAUGUCUUAACCUUCACCUGCGAACCUAAGAGUAAGAACUACACCUACAGGUGGUGGAUAAAUCGUCGGAGACUCCCAGUCAGUCCCAGGGUAAAGCGACCCAUUGAAAACAGGAUCCUCAUUCUACCCAGUGUCAUGAGAAAUGAAACAGGACCCUAUGAAUGUGAAAUACGGGAACGAGAUGGUGGCAUCCGCAGUAACCCAGUCACCCUGAAUGUCCUCUAUGGUCCAGACCUCCCCAGCAUUUACCCUUCAUUCGCCUAUUACCAUAAAGGAGAAAACCUCUACUUGUCCUGCUUCGCGGACUCUAACCCACCGGCAGAAUAUUCUUGGACAAUUAAUGGGAAGUUUCAGCAAUCAGGACAAAAUCUCUCUAUCCCCCAAAUUACUACAAAGCAUAGCGGGCUCUAUGCUUGCUCUGUUCGUAACUCAGCCACUGGCAAGGAAAGCUCCAGAUCCAUAACAGUCAAAGUCUCUGGUAAGUGGAUCCCAGCAUCCUUGGCAAUAGGGUUUUUGGUGGAGUCUAUCCGGCUUUCAGAGAAGACGCAGGAAAACAUUCUUAUUCCCAGCCUGUGUCCCAUGGGCACAAGCAAAUCCCAAAUUCUGCUCCUGAACCCUCCCAAUUUGUCUCUACAGACUCUCUUCUUGUUUUUCUGUUUUCUCAUGGCUGACUUUGUGUCUGGCCUGAGAAAGGUAGGGAGGGGGCUUUAUCAGCCCUGA